ACCAAAAUUUUGUGUAGAUUCUAGAAUUCUUACAUUGUACAUUGACAGCUUUUUUAUGUUUUUCAUUGACGAAAAUGUUCUCAUAUUUACUAAAAAAAGGCUUAUUGUAGAGCUGCGUUAUACGUCUUUUGCGUUUUGAACACCUAGUGUGUCACCUGCACACUGUGCAUAUGUGUACAGACUGUACUACAGUUUGGAAUCUGGAUCAGCUGGGCGCGAACAACUGCUGCGAUUCAUGCAAGUGUGCCCGGUGGAUAUCUUAUUGAAUUUCGGAAGGAAGUCGGGAAUUUGUAGAAUGUGAAGUUGGAGGGCAUUGCAUCUCGAGCGUCGACGUGACGCUACUCGUGCGAGUACAUUGACUGUAAUUGCUCGAACAGUUUUUGUAAGUUAUGGAUCUGGUUCGGAUGCCAUACAGGCACAUCUUCUGUUGGCCCUUCCACAGCACAUCUUUGAAAUUGGCUGGAGGUUUUGUUCAUAAAGUUCGUUUUAUCACCAGCACGGACAUAAUACCAGCCAGGCAUUUUACGAGUUGCUCACGAUUCCCCACGCAGCCCCGUGCAUCGCUGUGUGGCGUGAUUUUCAUACAACCGCGACGCUUCGUGUCCAGAUCGCCAGGAGCCAGGAAUUUCUACGAUGUCCUGGAGAUCAAUCAGCAGGCCAGUCCGGCGGAUAUUAAAGCCGCCUAUUACAAACUGUCUAAACAGUAUCAUCCCGAUAUCAAUCAGGCGGGCGAUGCCGUCAAGAAAUUCCGCGAGAUUACCGAAGCCUACGAAAUACUGGGCAACACGAAAUCUCGCGAGACCUACGAUACGAAUUUGCGGGGUGGACACACCACGACAGAUACCUCCUAUCAGUCGGGAUCAGCCGCCAGACAGCGCAAUCGGUACACGGAGACGGACUUCAACGAUUUUGAAGAACGCUAUCGGCAGUUCCGGGCGCAGGCGUUCGGGAGAAGGAAAGGCGCGGCACCGCCCACGGGCAAGACGGAAUAUUACGAUUACGACGAAUUUUAUCGACAACAUUACCAGGAUACAAGGGCGCGAGCGUAUAACGAACAGCGCUGGCGCGAAAUGAACGAGUAUUUACGAUACCAGCAGUUCUCCGAAACACUGAGGACGUCGAAUGUUCGGUGGCGGCUUUUAAUCAUGGCGAUGUUGUUCAUGUCCAUGAUGAUUGUAAUGUUCGAUGCAACGAUCAACGAGAUGCUCACGCCGGACGACCGGGUCCGCAUUCGUCUGGAAAGGGAGCGUUGGGAAAGGGAACAUAUGGGGCGAAUGCGGUUGAUGCGCGAGGAGGUGAUCCAGCGACAUCACGGGAACACUAAUAACUCUUCCAGAGUAGUUAUUCAGGAGCAGAACGAUGAUGGACAGCGGAACAACACACAGGAAACCGCUGUACCAAAUCCUUGAUUAAGGACCGGCUCUGUGAUGUCUGUAUUUUUCGGUGAUAGGGAUGCUUGAAGCAUGAUGGCAUCUGAUCAGAAUAACAAUAAAUGCGGUACAUGGGAAUUUGAUGCAUUUUAAAUAUGCAGUGUUGUGCAAAGACUAACGAAUAAAAAUGAAUUCAAAGGUAACAAAGUAAAGUUGUGAAA